AGUAAUAUGAUAAUUCAUGCAUUACUACACUGAUAUGUACCCGACAUUAACAAUUAACAUAGCAUGUAUCGUUCUAUCAUGCUAGCACGCUGGGAUAAACUAGAAACAUGGCAGAAAAUAGGUAUCAUUAUCCUCGUGGUUCUGGUAGUUGUUAUAGCUGUGGUCCUCGUGGUUUUAGCAGCUGUUGGUAUUCUUGGUAGUAAAUCCGACUCCUGCCCUGACUGCUGCAAAGACUGUUUGUUCCUGAGUACAAGUUGGAACUAUCAAUACCACAACAAAGCAGAAAAUGUUUCAGAAUACCGAGCUUUCGUUGAGGAUUGUGGGAGGGCUAUAAAAAUACAAAUUUCAGAAAACCUUGUAGGGGUGCUCGAUUGGAGACAACACCAACAUGAAGCCUAUUCUGGCAUUGUGGAGGAAGCUGUUACUGACUUUAGUAAAGCUAUACCGGGUUUAGAUGACAUUGUACUGAGUGUGGAGCUAGACAUGACCAAGAAAGAUAACGAGACCAUGAAAAUUGUUUUCGGUGACUCUGGUACGGAGUUUGCUGGAUGUGGGAACUAUGACGGGGCUUUUUUCAAAACGAAACCCGCUGAAGGGGCUUCACAAAAAUUCUUGAUUAUGAUGAGUAAAGAUAACCCGACAUACCUUCCGUUUUAUCUUUCCCGUGAUGAAGAUGACAACUCGCUCUGCAUGUUUCCUCAUUCUAUAAAUGCUGAUGGUUUGACAUGGGAGAUAACAGUUACAGAAACCUCAACCGAGUGGUUAAUGAUUGAUAAUUCUGAUAACAACCCUUACGAACCUGGUUGUGACGAAUACCAGUCAUGUUUGAACGCUGUGGACUUCUUUGCGUACAGCGGAGACUCUGUGACACACGCCUUGGAGAAGUGCUUGGGGAAGUGGAAGGAGUUUUAUCCGUCCUCUGAGGUCACUUGGACUGAUAACUUAAUCGUCGGGAGUUUGACAACGGGACAAAUAAAGGAAGAUAAAGACAGAGGGGAUAGUAUUGCUACCCACUACAUCCUAUCUCCUGAUGUAGUCAUCUGGGAUAGUAUUCUUGAAAAAAUACUGGAGAUAACAAACGCCAGCACCUUAAACAACUACAGCAAUGUUAUCCUCCCCUUCACAACUACACCAACAAUAUCAAAUGAUCGUGCUGCUGUGGAUAUGGAGGAACAAGGAUACUACCUCUCAGAGGGCCAUUAUGUCAUCGACUUUGAAAACGUUAAAAUACGGUCGGGAUUACCAUUUGUAAAGAUUGGACCCGGGAUCGGACAAGAAAACUUAAUUGGGUACGAUGGAUAUAGUGGAAUGUUGCUAAGUGGAUUCCCCUACUUCCCUGAAGACGAGAGCUGUCCCCAAUAUUUCAAGUGUGCUGGCGUGCAGUUCCAGGAGGCAACUAGCAUGUGUAUUGGAACUGACUUUGGAAAAAUGACAGAGGAAACAAGUAAACAAUUUGAGAAAAACAAUUUAUACUAUGAGUCAGCGAGAAAGGUCUUGCAACAAUCUGAUGUGAAAGAUAUUAUAGAAACUGUUGCCUCGCCUGGAACAACUCAUUUUCACAGGGCUGAUUUGGAACUAACAGAGGCAGGUUUAAAAACUUGUUACCACAACAUACUGAACCUGAGAAGGCUGGGUGUAGCUGCGGUAACCUGUAACAUAUGUGCUGGUGUGGUUCCCUCCACUGACAUACAAAAGUCUCUUUGCUUCCGAUGGAGCCAGCUGGUGUUGCUGAUGCCUUAUAUCAUCAUCUCGAGUGAAGAAACUGAUCUAACAGAUGCACUAGCUGGUGAUGAUGGAUUCACGAAGUUGAAGGAAAUUCUUGCUUUGAGGAAACAACUGAAUUACUACCUAGCAAAACCCGGAUCUGCAAUUCUAUGGGAGGAUAAUAAUAUUGUGGCUAUUGGAGAUAAGUUGUGCAUGGUUGUUAACUUGGAGGGCUCCUCUGAAGUAGAUGUAAAGUUCCCGGAGGGGGAAUGGCUAGCUCCUGAUCCUACUGCUGAGACUGAGGGCACAUAUCUUAAAUAUCGUAGUGGUGAUUCACCCACAACAUUGACGUUCGAAGAAGACAUUACAAAAGUUAUCUUUUACAAGCUGGACAACAUCUUCUUCUUAAAAGAUAAGGAUGACAACAUUGAGGUGAAGAUAUACCAACCAAAAGAUUAUUACUACGGUAGCGAUAUCACAUCUACAUUUACCUACGACGGACAUGAGACUGUCAUCAAGCUAGAUAUAGCAAAUGAGAUUGUCAGUUUCAAGUACACUGCAGCAGUAGCAACAAUCGAUAAGGACAAGUUUAAAGUUUCUAAAAUAACGAUUUUCUACUGGAUUAAGGAUGCUGGAUCUGAUGACGACAAUGGCUCUGGGAAUGAACAGACAAAGGCUACUUACUCAUUAGGCAAUGAUAAGUUUAAUGUUGUUUUCAAUUUUGGUGAGAACCUCAAAACCAUAUUUGAAGACUGGAACGUUUCUUUAGCAGGAGGCCCUUCUGAGUCUUGAUUAAUAAACAAAAGUUAACAAAAUCAGUAAUGUUUUGAUAUUUUUAACACCGCAUCAAUUUAUUCAGAUACAAAAAUGUUUUAAGGUUAUGAAUCAGCCGAAGAUACGAGUGAAUAUUUAUGAUUUGUUGUCUUGUUGUUGUUGAUGUCAUUUAGAUUUUAAAAGUUUAAGAUGUUUUGUAGUUUAUACCGUUGUAUUAAUCUUUAUUGCAUAC